AUGGGCAGCAGCCUUCUACUGUAAGUACUGUUUCAGUAUGGCAUACUACACUGGUGAUCUGGCCAAGACAAUGUUGUACACUUUUCCAUGGACAGAAUGACACAGCACCAGCUGAUAAUAAUUGGUUAAGAGCAUACUCACACGCACUUUCUCUUUCAUUGGCCAACAAACACACAGCCACCCAACCACACAAACACACCCACACACACACACAAACACACACGCACACACACACACACACACACACACACACACACACACACACACACACACACACACACAUAGAUAGAUACACACACACACACACACACACACACACACACAUACAUACACACACACACACACAACCUUGUGGGGACACACAAUUCAGUCCCAUUCAAAAUCCUAUUUUCCCUAACCCCUAACCUUAAACUUAACCCUAAACCUAACCCUAACCUUAACCCUAACCCUAACCCUAACCUUAACCUGAAAACCUAACCUUAAUUCUAACCCUAAACCUAACCCUAGCUCCUAACCGUAGCUCCUAACAUUAACCCUAAAACUACCCAUAGCUCCUAACCCUCAACCUAAUUCUAAUUCUAACACUAAUUCUAACUUAACCCUAAACCCCCUAGAAAUAGUAUUUGAACUUUUGGGGACUAACAGAAUGUCCCCAGCUGGUCAAAUUUCUGUUUUUUUACUAUUCUUGUGGGGACUUCUGGUCCCCAAAGGUAGAGUUAAACACGUCCACACACACACACACACACACACACGCACACGCACACGCACACGCACACGCACACACACACACACACACACACACACAAACACACACACACAGACACACACACACACACACACACACACAGACACACACACACACUCACACACACAGACACACACACACUCACACACACAGACACACACACUCACUCGCUUUCUCUACAUAACGCAGCAAUACGCACGUACAUGUAGGAGGAGGAGCUGGUGUGGCAGUGUGUUGGAGUCGGAGACCAGUGUUUCAGCACUUUUUCAUUUGCUAGUUCCUUGAUGCUGCCUUCAUUCCCUUAUUGAAAACAUCCCCUGGAAUGUCCUGCAGCAGCCAUAGCCCAGCCACCACUUCACUGAUAUACACAGUGAGGCAGAGAAAGUGUGUUACAGUGUGUGUGUGUGUGUGUGUGUGUGUGUGUGUGUGUGAGUGUGUGUGUGUGUGUGUGUGUGUUUGUGUGUGUGUGUGUGUGUGUGUGUGUGUGUGUGUGUGUGUGUGUGUGUGUGUGUGUGUGUGUGUGUGUGUGUGUGUGUGUGUGUGUGUGUGUGUGUGUGUGUGUGUGUGUGUGUGUGUGUGUGUGAGUGCGUGUGUGUGUGUGUGUGAGAGGGGUCGGAGGCGAGUGAGUUGUAUGGCCUAGAGAGUUGUUUAUUACUGUUUUAUUCUAUCGCUAACAAGCAUUGUUCAAUACUGCGGAUACAUGUGCAAAACUCUAAAUACAGUUAUCACAACACUCUAUGUGGCAGCCUGUGGAUCAUCUGUAGCUCAAUUGGUAGAGCAUGGCGCUUGUAACGCCAGGGUAGUGGGUUCGAUCCCCGGGACCACCCAUACGUAAAAAUGUAUGCACACAUGACUGUAAGUCGCUUUGGAUAAAAGCGUCUGCUAAAUGGCAUAUUAUUAUAUUAUUAUUUGUCAUUGCUUUGACACAAAAUGCAUUCAAUGACAACAUCUUUCAAAUUACAUAAAUACUUGUCUCACAAAAACACAUUUACCAACAAAACUUUAUGUAUCUACAGACCAUUUUGCAAAUGUUAAGAUACCCUUUUCAAAACUGUUAAACUCAAGCUUAAAAGCUACUGAAAAUUGAAUUAGACUGCAAUUUGUACAUUGCUACAGUAAAAGCAAAAUAGAAAUUCUGUUCAAAUAUUUUUUAUUGAACACACACAAGAAUGGUGUACAGGUAUGAAAGACAUGUGUACAGUUCUUAUCUAAACAUAAGAGAACAGACAUGAACAACAAGACCCAGAGUUCUGGACACAAAACAAAUAUUACAAAACACGACAUACAGAACAGGGACAGGUAGAAAGAAAAAGGGUAGAUGUAACCCCCCCCACUUAUACACCCCUUUAUCCCCCCCCCCCCCCCCCCCCCCCCAUUCCACCCUAUUCCCCUCCCGACUGCUCGAAUGUCGGGGCCAGCACACCCUGCCCAAAGGUAGAUUAUAAUAUGACAAUUGAGAAUGCGUUAAAGAGUACAAAUUCACAGCACCGACUGGUCCAAGUAAGAGAGGAAAGGCUGCCAGAUUUGAUCAAAUGUUGAUAAUUUAUUGUUCAGAAUAUAUCUAAUUCUUUCUAAGUGUACAGUGUUUGCCAAUUCGCUGAGCCAUAAUUUGGUAGAGGGCGCUUCCCUCCUUUUCCAAAACAACAAGAUUAUUUUUUUUGCCAAAAUGAGACUGUAAGAGAUGAGUUGUUUUUGGGAGUUGGUUAAUCCGUUUAGGGAAUCGGACACUCCCAGGAUUAUCAGAAGCGGGUCUGGGUCUAUUGAAGUCUCCAGAACUUCAGAGAGGACCCCAAAAAUUCCACACCAAUAACCAUACAGACUAGAGCAUAGGGCAAAGCAGUGGAGUAGUGUACCCUGCUCAGCCUGACAUUUAUCACACAUAGGGGAUGUAUCAGGAAAUAUCCUAUGCAGUUUAGUUUUGGAAAAGUGUAAUCUGUGUAAUACCUUAAAUUGUAUGAGACGAUGUCUGGAGUUAAUGGAGCAGGUGUGGAUAUACUCCAAGCUAUCCUCCCAGUCUGCCACCGAAAUAUCAGUCCCUAGUUCUUCCUCCCAUUUUGCCUUAAUGGCAUCAGUAGAGGGUGCGCUUACGGAUUGAAAAGUGUCAUAUAGACGAGAUAUCAGUUUGUCUGAGGUGGGGCAUAUUUUUAUGCAUCCGUCAAACAUGGAAGGUUUAGUAUUCCCAAAUGUUGGGAGGUGUUUUCUAACAUAGUCUCUAAUUAGUAGGUAUCUGAAAAAGUUACUUCUGGGAAGGUUAUAAGUUUCCCUCAGCGAUUCAAAGGAAGCAAAGGUCCCUCCUAUAUAUAAAUCCCAUCUGGUAGUUAUCCCCAACUCUCCCCAUCGCUCAAAGGUGUUAUCAAGGUUAGAGGGGGCAAAGGAGGGAUUCCUGGCAACAGGGAGCAUGAAUGAUAUUGGUCUAAGCUCAAAGUGGACUUUAAUUUGCUUCCAGAUUCGGACUGUGCUAUGUGUAAUAGGAUUGUUACGGUAAAUUGACAUCUCCAGAUUGACAGGUGACAAAAUCACAGCACCAAUAGAGAAGGGGUGACACUCCUCCCGCUCCAUGCUAAGCCAGCUGGAUGGCGGAGGUGCGUCAUCCAGCAAAAACGUAACAGCGCGGAGGUUAGCGGCCCAAUAGUAAAAUAUAAAAUUUGGGAGAGACAAUCCUCCUUCCAUCUUGGAUUUACAUAGGUGUUUUUUACCUAUCCUGUGUGUUUUAUAAUCCCAGAUGAAAGGAUUGAUAAUAGAGUCCAGUUGUUUAUGAAAGGAUUUAGGUAUGGGAUGUUCUGGUAUAGGUAGAGCAGUUGUGGGAGGAAGACCAUUUUAAUGGCAUUAAUUCUUCCGAGCAGAGAAAUUGGGAGAGUUCUCCAAAAUUGUAUGUUUGCCUUGAGAUUUUGCAUCAGAGAAGGGAAAUUCUCUUUAAAUAGUAAGGAGUAUUGUUUGGUAACUACAAUUCCAAGGUAGAUAAAUGUUUCUGAAGAUAACUUAACUGGAAUAUGUUCUUGCCAGGAGGUGUUUUGCAACCGUAUGGGCAUUAAUUCACUCUUGUUCCAAUUUAUUCUGUAUCCCGAGAAGGUACCAAACAAAUUAAUCACCUCAAGAAUAGCUGGAAUAGCAAAAUAGAAAUUCUAAAAUAAAUAAUAAUAACUCUUAAUUAUUCACAGCUGAUUUUCAUUCUACAUUACGUAACUGAAGACCUACCCAGGUGUUUUUCAUUUUUAUGUCAUUACGAUCUCUACAAAAGGGGACAUCUUUGGAAUAUAUUUUACAUAAACAUGGACCCAGCCAGAGAUCAUGUAGUGGCUUACAGAGGUGGAAAAAUUGCCGGGAGAGGCAGAGGAUUGCGUAACCGUGGUGGAAGACGACUGAGGGGAAGACCCAGAGUUGUAGUGUCAGAUGAGAUUAGGGCUACAAUCAUUGAUCAUGUUGUCAAUCAUGGUCUAUCAAUGAGAGAUGCUGGUCUCAGAGUGCAGCCAAAUUUGCAACGCUCAACUGUGUCAUCUAUUAUAAGAACCUUCCAGCAAACUAACAGGUAAGAUAUGCAUUCUGCAUGGGCAUCUAACUGUACUGAAUAUUACUGUAGAGUAGUAAAUCGAGCAAAAGCUCUCCGAACCACUUGUGUGUAAUUUUAUUUCUGUUUUAGGACCCAACGGUUACCAAAUGGAGGGGGGAGAGGUAGGAUUUUCUCUGCUCAGCAGGAAGCUCUAAUUGUUUACAUGGUCAUUAGCAACAAUGCCAUAAAACUCAGAGAAAUUCAAGAGAGAGUGUUGGCAGACAAUAAUACAUUUCAAAAUGUUGAAAGUGUAAGCACGACAACCAUUGCUAGGGUUUUGACAAAGCAUCAUAUCAGCAUGAAGUAGGUGUAGACUGUUCCCUUUGAGAGGUCAUUCAUUUCAUUCAUGGAUGACCUCAAUGGAAGGCUUUUGCCAGGUGAAGAAAGAGGGCAAGUCAGAAGAAAUAUAGAAACCUGGGUGAUUGUAUGGGACAAUGUGGCAUUUCACCACUCCCAUGCAGUCACAGAGUGGUUUGCAGCCCAUCCCAGGAUGGUGUCACUUUUCCUCCCCCCUUACUCUCCCUUCCUCAACCCCAUAGAAUCAUUAUUUUCCUCAUGGAGGUGGAAAGUUUAUGUCAAAUGUCACUAUUGGAUGCAAUGAAUGCAGGAUGCCUGGAUAUCUGGUGUAUUGCGCGAGAGGCCAUACGGUGUGAUGUGGAUGAGAACUUGUGGCCCAAUGCAGCAGACAGGGUUGACUAGCAUUGUUAUAUAUCUGUUUCAGUUGGACAAUAUGCUAUGCAUAUUCAUAGUGUGUAUACACUUUUUGUUUGUUUAACAGUACUGGAAUUACAUAUUUUUGUGCAUUUUGGAAUUACUCUGCAAAAAGCAAAAUACAGUAAUAUGCAAAAAUACAGUAAAUUAUAUUGAAGCAUAUUGCAGCCUUUCUGCUUUAUUUCUUUACAUAUCUUGCAGGACAUUCUAUACAGUACAGGUUUGCCACUCUUCUUUUGUAAAAAUGACUGUUGGUUCAUCUAAAAAAAUAUGAUAUUAAAGACAAAUUGACACAUUUUCAAGUGGUAGCUGUUUUUAGAGUUUCGUAGGUCAUGAUACAAUGAAUGACAAAAUGUGUAUGUUGUGAGAGACUAUUCGCUUUCAUUUAGUAGAAAAGGUUUCUUUUGAGACAUGUAGGAUGUGCAUUGCCAAGUUGCAUGUUGUUUUGAUAACUGUAUUUAGAAUUUUGCACAUGUAUCCGCAGUAUUGAACAAUGCUUGUUAGCAAUCGAAAAAAAACUGUAAUAUAUACAGUAAUACAAUACAUACUAAUAUUUGUAUUUGAGACAGGUCGCUUUUGUCUGUUAUAGAAGUGUGUGGGUUUGUGUGUGCACUGUGCAUGCAUGUGUGUCUAUUUACGUGUGUGUAAUAGGUUAUUGUUCAUGUGUGGGUUAAAGCCAUGGUCGUAUUCUUGCACUCUAGAUGUCGCCUGCUUUGUCACAAUGCCUCCCCCUCUCUCUCUACUUCCGUCUGUCUCUGUCUGCUUUCCUGUCUGCCUCCAUCCCCCUUUAUCACACUGACGCUAUCUCUCUCUCCUCUUUAACUCCAUCUGCUCUGUCUCACUCUGUCUUUCCAUGUCUUCCCCUCCUCCCAGUAGGAAUGUUUUAUGGAGAGAGAGAGGAGGAGAGGAGGAGAGGAGGGGAGAACGGGAGGAGGAGAGGAGGAGAGGAGGGGAGGAAGGGAGGAGGACAGGAGGAGAGGAGGAGAGGAGGAGGGGAGGGGGAGAGGAGGAGAGGGGAGGAGAAGAGGAGAGGAGGGGAGGAGAGGAGGAGAGGAGGAGAAGAGGAGGUGGAGAGGAGAAGAGGAGAGGAGGAGAGGAAGAGAGGAGAGGAGGAGAGGAGGAGAGAGAAAGAGACACCAGGAAAGAGGACUAGUGGUCUCCCUCUGAUAGUUUCGUAUUGUAUUUGUACAGGUGUGGCAUGGUGUGUGUUACUGUAUCGGUGUGGGUGUGUAUGAUUUAACAGUGGUGCCUCUGUCUUAGUGCCCACCCUGUUGGGCUGACGUGUCCCACCCUGCCUCCCCCUCUCCUGCUCACCCCCUCUCCCCGUCCUGUGCGUGAGACUGACGAUGCACAGGCCCCGUCUCCCCUGUCGCUGAGCUGGGGCUGUGGCAGGGAGACAGCCUUUUUUGGCUUGCAUACAUCUUUAACUCACACGUACACACACAUACACACAGACACAGACACACAGAGACAGACACACACACACACACACACACAAACACACACACACACACAGUAGGCAGGCAGAUACACACACACAGGCGUGCGUAUAAGGUCUGUCUGAUAUUAGAUUCACUAGUCAGAGCUGAAGAGGUGAAAUAUUAAAACAUAAUAUUUCAGUCAUCUCCCCAUUAGCAACAGACUCAGUGUGGAGCCCCACUUUUCUGUCUCCUCUCCUUACAGUCUCUAUACAGCGCAAAGCAGACUCAUGACAGUCUGUCACCAACGCAGUAUUGGCAUUAUUACAUAUCCUGACCCAUAGCAUUCUACAUACAGUAUGUAUGACACAAUCCCCUGUUAUCAAUAUAAAUACUAAUAAUUAAUCUGGUGUAAGUUUAGGGGUUGGGCCCAUAGUGCUAUUCCCUCUCUCUGUCAGGCCUGUAGCCUCCCUCAGUCCCUCUCUCUGUCAGGCCUGUAGCCUCCCUCAUUCCCUCUCUCUGUCAGGCCUGUAGCCUCCCUCAUUCCCUCUCUCUGUCAGGCCUGUAGCCUCCCUCAUUCCCUCUCUCUGUCAGGCCUGUAGCCUCCCUCAUUCCCUCUCUCUGUCAGGCCUGUAGCCUCCCUCAUUCCCUCUCUAUGUCAGGCGUGUAGCCUCCCUCAGUCCCUCUCUCUGUCAGGCCUGUAGCCUCCCUCAUUCCCUCUCUAUGUCAGGCCUGUAGCCUCCCUCAUUUCCUCUCUCUGUCAGGCCUGUAGCCUCCCUCAGUCCCUCUCUCUGUCAGGCCUGUAGCCUCCCUCAGUCCCUCUCUCUGUCAGGCCUGUAGCCUCCCUCAGUCCCUCUCUCUGUCAGGCCUGUAGCCUCCCUCAUUCCCUCUCUCUGUCAGGCCUGUAGCCUCCCUCAGUCCCUCUCUCUGUCAGGCCUGUAGCCUCCCUCAUUCCCUCUCUCUGUCAGGCCUGUAGCCAACCUCAGUCCCUCUCUCUGUCAGGCCUGUAGCCUCCCUCAUUCCCUCUCUCUGUCAGGCCUGUAGCCUCCCUCAGUCCCUCUCUCUGUCAGGCCUGUAGCCAACCUCAGUCCCUCUCUCUGUCAGGCCUGUAGCCAACCUCAGUCCCUGUGUGCUGGUGGGAUCCCAGGCAGCUCUAAUUAGAUCCGCAGGGCUCAUUAGUCUGCUGGUAGAUUACAUACUUCAUUAGCCUCUGGAACAACAGAUCACAGCUCAUUCAGCACUAAUGGCUGCUACGCCACAUUGCACUGACACAUGUACACUCACUCCAUCUCCAUAACUCUCCUCUCGGUAAUACAAACACACAUGUUCACACACUUUCUCUUUGCCACACACACACACCGGCACACAUUGCAUGUAUUGCAUGGACAUACAAAUGUACGCAGACACACAAUGUCAAUUAUGCUUGCAAUUCUUUACACAAUUUGUCUAAAGUCUGUCAUGAAUUACUAUGUAUCAGCGGAUCUGAGAGCUACAAAUGUAUCUAACAUGUAGCAGAGGGGCUUGUUGCAAUAAAGAGGGGAUGAGGGGGUGAAGGGUGGAGGAGAGGAAAUGAAAUGAUGAAAGGUGGAGCAGGAAUGAGAUGAGAGCGAUAAAGAGACCUUUGAGUGGGGGUCUAUGAGGAUGCCAUGGCUUCCAUCAUAUGUAUGCACCACAUAGCUACCGUCAGCGUGUGUGUGUGUGUGUGUGUGUGUGUAAGAAAGGAGCCUUUCUCCAGACGCCUGCCAGCUGCCCUCCCCCCUCCCGUCCUGUCCUAGCAGAGAAGGAGUUAAGACCUCAGCUGUCAGCAACAAAAACAAACUGAGGGGGCAAUUUUCACUAAAUGUUUUAACCCCACCACAGGCCCAGCCCAGCAAAUCAAUGUCUCCCCCUCCUCCUGAUCUUUUCUCUCGCGCUACCUCCCUCUUUCAUCUCUCUUCUUCCGCAGUCUCUCUCGCUCCUUCCCUCCUCCAUCCCUCUCUCUGUCUCUGUCUGCCAGGGGAGGUUCACACACAGCAGCAUAGCAGCAGUGGCUGUAGCCUGUGGGGUCUGGCAGACACAGUCUAAAUAUGGAAAGCCAGCGGGAAACACUUUAAAUGUUCCUACAGAAAACCAUUGACCCCUACAGUGGUCCUGACAUAGUCCAUGUGGUCCAGAACCAAGGUCGCCAUGGUCAGGCUGUGGGUCUCUGAGUAUGCAGCAUAAAGGUGGUUGACCUACAGGGGGUAAAUGAGUAUAAAUGGCUUUUGCUGAUUUGAUCCAUUAGGGGACCAGGACCGGGACAUGACCAUUCACAAUUGUCGGCCAUCACACCCCACCGGUAAUGGCACUCAGAGGGUCUCACCCACUCCACAGGGGGUAGACGAGGGUGUAAUGUGCAGUCUUAAAUAAACAGUUGUAGAAGGGUGCUAUUAGCCAAGGAAUCAUUCCAUGUUAUACAUAUAAAAAUGGCCAGUGGUGACUUGAUGCAUUAGGGGACCAGGACACGACCGUUCCCGGUCAUCGGUCAUCACACUCCACCGGUGGAAGCACUUAUUGGGCUGCAUGCAUAGGAAAUGAAAUCAUUAUGAAGGGGAGGAGGGGAGGAGAGAGGGAUAAGGAGGGGAAACACUCCUGAUUCCCAUUAAUCCUACUACUAAAACAGAGCCUGAGAGCUUCAGGGUAGAAUUUCCUGAUUCCCUCCUUUAGAUUUACACGUCAAGCGAGAGGUGCUCUGUUCAACACCAUGGUUCAGCUAGUUCAGAUGCACUUCGGCUAGAAUUUCUCUCCCCCGGUUGGUUGACUGGAAGGCUGGGAGGUGAUUUAUAGAUGUGCUGGUACUGUAAAAGUGUAAAUGUACACCCAGGGUUAGGGUGCAGGGAUGCUGGAGUUAUUAAAGCUUUGUUACAUUACUCAUUCUCACAUUGUGGAAGGGGCUGAGUCAGACAGGGACUUCCCUGAGCAUCUCUACAGAGGCAGGCACACACUCACGCACACAUGCACGUGCCCACACACGAGUGCACACGUACACACGCACACGCACACACGAUUGCAUGCAUACACACGCACACCCACAUACAGUAUACACACACACACUUGCACGUCGUGGACGCACGCACACACACGUGCGCACACACAUCAGAAACAUCGGAUGGCGCUCAUAUUUCCAAUUAGGGUGGAGGAAUUCAUCCUUAUUUUCCUUGGCCGACUUGUUUUGUUGGAGUGCAGAUUUGUGUGUUUUAUUCCAUUCCAUCCAUCACCUCUCUCUCACUCUCUCUCUCUCUCCACCCCCUGUCUUCUCUUCUCCCUUUUUUCAUGGUCUGCUGUUCCAUAGCCUGUGAAGCAACAGCUUGUGUUUGUUUGCAGCAUAGUAACAGUGCCCAGCGUGUGUUCUGUGUGUGGAGGUGUGCGUCAUCGUCCCCCUCCUCCACCUCAGGUGUCCACCAACCAGCCUGCCUGCCCAUGCUCUGAGGGCAUGGAUCCCUCUCUCCUUCUGACGCUGGUACAGCCUCCAUCUCCCUCAUGCCUGUGCCUAUCCACAUCACUCUCUAUAGUAGAGGGAUUAUCCCUAUGUCCUCUCCCCAUCCAGCGUCGCUUGGUUAUAUUGACAGGGUGCAGGGAUGGGGAGAGGGAGGGAUGGAGGGAGGGAGGAGCGGAGAAAGGCAAGGACGGGCUGUUUGAGUAAUGAGGUGCUGACACGGCUGGAGUCAGGCCCACGAAGCCCUCAGCCUGGGUGGCAACAAGACACACGCUACAAUAGAGGAGAGAGGGAUGGGGACAGAGAGACUGAAUGUGUGUGUUUGUGUGUGGUGCAGGUGUGUUUGAAUGUUUGUUUGUGUGUGUGGGUGUUUUGGGUGUGGGUGAGGGAUUGAGGGCAUUUUUACAUAUGAAAUUUGGAACCCUGGUUCGGUUUCCUGGAACAUUAUGUUUUGCUUUUACAAGACCUGAAAAUAACUGUUUCAGGGUGUGAUUUGAGAGACGUACAUUCUACAUAACGUUAGCUAGCUAGCUAGUUUACAACAAAUAAAAAGUUCCACGCGACUCGUGCUGCCGCGUCACAAUACCUGGUACUCUCGUCCUGGAUUUUGGAACCGUUACUCACACAAGUCCAGGAUUCGUUUCAGUCUGGGUUCGUUUGUGUUUCGCACAUGCUUUAUAGCUCGGAUCAGGGUACCAAGCGCUCCAGGCUCAUACAGGGGAUAUGUGAAAGCGCCCUCACAAAUCAAGAAAGAGAGAAGAAUGCAAGAUAUCAGAAAUGUAUUUUCUACCUCCUCUAAUAGUCUCUAGAGUCAGAAACAGUCACUCUGAGAGACAGGGCAGACCAGAGAGAGGUGAGGGUACAUUUGGCCUCCUGUAGCAGGUGUGUGUUCCUGGCUAUAGUCCUGAUCUCUGUGGCUGUCUGGUGGCCAGGAAGAGAGAUGACCACACACACAUGCACACACACACACACACACACACACACACACAUACUUAUAAUUCAUCCCACACAUACCCCGGACCAGACUAAAUGACCUCCUCUGCCUGUGGUAACCGUACGCCUCUGUAAGAACUCUGUUUAGACUGUUUAUGUAUGACAUCAAACAGAGACAAAAUAAACAAGACACAUCAGACAGCUUGACAUCACAGGAGGAAUGCACAGUGCUUUUUUUCACUGACCAUAAAAGGGCUUCAUAGCUGAAAUGAAUGAAAUAUCUGCUUUACACAGACAUGAGGGUCACUGAAGCUGUCAGCGUCCAUUCUGGGAGCAGCCUUCAGCUGUGGAGGGGACAGGAGAGAGGAGGAGAGAGGAGGAGAGGAGUAGAAAGGCGGAGUGGAGGGUGGAAGGAGUAGUGGUGUCUAUUCAAUGUCAAUUGGGGUGGUGGGUAUUCAGCAGCCUGAUGAUCUGGGUGUAGUUAUUGGCCAGUCUGUUAGUUUUAGCCAUGAUGCUCCUGUACUCCCACGUCUGAGUGAUGGAAGCGGGAAGAACAGGCCGUGGCUCGGGUAGCUGAGGUCCCUGAUGAUUUUCUUGGCCAUCCUGCGACCCCCCCACCACCCCCACCCCCCUCCUCUCUCCUCUCUUCUCUUCUCUGGAGGGGCCUGGUGUGGGGGAGGGAGAGUGCUGUAAUCUGGCUGUCUGAACUGGCCGACACUCUGCGACAGCCUCUCCUCACUCAUCAUGCCAAUCCCAACGCAGCCUUUGAACUCCGCCGCCAAGAAAGUGUAGCACUGCUUUUUUCCCCCUCAGGAAUGAUCAGAAAAAUCAUAAUAAUAAAAUAGGGGAUCUGAAAAAAGCUGGCGAGCUAGGGGCCUUGAAGAUUGUCAGCAUGCUGUUAAUAAGCUGAAGGAGCAUGCUGAGGGGGUGAUGUCAGAGAGCAUUAGGCCUUAUUGCUGGGUUGAGUGACACCUGGGAUUAUCAACUGUAGAGAGGAAUAAAACAGCUUUCAUCAGAGUGGGGCUGGGGCCUGUCUGUUUGAUGUCAGAGUGAAGGAAUCACACACACACACACACACAGGGUUUGGGGAAGGGGACCAGGAGCAGAGUGCACUACAAUAUGGGGUCAUUAAGAACAAGUGUAGUGAAUGAUCAAGGGCCAGUAUGUGUUAGGAACUAAGGAUGGUUCCACUACCACCACAACAGGGGCUGCCCUGUCUCUUCAGACCUCUGUUUCAGACUAGAGACUAUCAUGUCUCUUCAGAUCUCUGUUUCAGGCUAGAGGCUAUCAUGUCUCUUCAGACCUCUGUUUCAGACUAGAGACUAUCAUGUAUUUUCAGACCUCUGUUUCAGACUAGAGACUAUCAUGUAACCAUCUGUUAUCAUUACUAAGGAGAAUACAUUUUCUGGACCACAUUGCCUGAUCAGGAAAAACUCUGGGCCCUAUCUAUCAUGUACAGCCCUAUCUGAGAUGUGAACUGACCUGUUGUGUUUCCUGUUAGGUCACUUCCUGGGGAACCACAGUGUGUUGGACAUCCUGAGACAGGAGGGCUAUGAGGUGGUGCACACACCGUCACACUACCAGGAACCAAUCCCAGAGUGAGUACAGAGACACACGCCGCCCACACAGCAGGGCUACAACCCAAACACAUACACACACAUUGAUACAUACAGUACCAGUCAAAAGUUUGGACACACUUACUCAUUCAAGGGUUUUUCUUUAUUUUUACUAUUUUCUACAUUGUAGAAUAAUAGUGAAGACAUCAAAACUAUGAAAUAACACAUAUGGAAUCAUGUAGUAACCAAAAAAGUGUUAAACAAAUCCAAAUAUAUGUUAUAUUUGACAUUCUUCUAAUAGCCACCCUUCGCCUUGAUGACAGCUUUGCACACUCUUGGCAUUCUCUCAACCAGCUUCAUGAGGUAGUCACCUGGAAUGCAUUUCAAUUAACAGGUGUGCCUUGUUAAAAUUUUAUUUGUGGAAUUUCUUUCCUUCUUAAUGCGUUUGAGCCAAUCAGUUGUGUUGUGUAUACAGAAGAUAGCCCUAUUUGGUAAAAGACCAUGUCCAUAUUAUGGCAAGAACAGCUCAAAUAAGCAAAAUAAUAUAAGAAACAAAUAAGAAACGACAGUCCAUCAUUACUUUAAGACAUGAAGGUCAGUCAAUACGGAAAAUGUCAAGAACUUUUAAAGUUUCUUCAAGUGCAGUCGCAAAACCAUCAAGCGCUAUGAUGAAACUGGCUCUCAUGAGGACCGCCACAGGAAUGGAAGACCCAGACUUACCUCUGCUGCAGAGGAUAGGUUCAUUAGAGUUACCAGCCUCAGAAAUUGCAGCCCAAAUAAAUGCUUCACAGUUCAAGUAACAGACACAUCUCAACAUCAACUGUUCAGAGGGGACUGUGUGAAUCAGGCCUUCAUGGUCGAAUUGCUGCAAGGAAACCAAUACUAAAGGACACCAAUAAGAAGAAGAGACCUGCUUGAGCCAAGAAACACGCGCAAUGGACAUUAGACCGGUGGAAAUGUGUCCUUUGGUCUGGAGUCCAAAUUGGAGAUUUUUGGUUCCAACCGCCGUGUCUUUGUGAGGCGCGGUGUGGGUGAACGGAUGAUCUACGCAUGUGUAGUUCCCACCGUAAAGCAUGGAGGAGGAGGUAUUAUGGUGUGGGGGUGCUUUUCUGGUGAAACUGUCUGCGAUUUAUUUAGAAUUCAAGGCACACUUAACCAGCAUGGUUGCCACAGCAUUCUACAGCGAUACGCCAUCUCAUCUGGUUUGGGAUUAGUGGGACUAUCAUUUAUUUUUCAACAGGACAAUGACCCAACACACCUCCAGGCUGUGUAAGGGCUAUUUUACCAAGAAGGAGAGUGAUGGAGUGCUGCAUCAGAUGACCUGGCCUCCACAAUCCCCCGACCUCAACCCAAUUGAGAUGGUUUGGGAUGAGUCGGACCGCAGAGUGAAGGAAAAUCAGCCAACAAGUGCUCAGCAUAUGUGGGAACUCCUUCAAGACUGUUGGAAAAGCAUUCCAGGUGAAGCUGGUUGAGAGAAUGCCAAGCGUGUGCAAAGCUGUCAUCAAAGCAAAGGGUGGCUAUUUGAAGAAUCUCAAAUAUAAAAUAUAUUUUGAUUUGAACACUUUUCUGUUUACUACAUGAUUCCAUAUGUGUUAUUUCAUAGUUUUUAUGUCUUCACUAUUAUUCUACAAUGUAAAAAAUAGAAAAAAUAAAGAAAGGCCCUUGAAUUAAUAGGUUUGUCCAAACUUUUGACUGGUAGUGUAUGUAUGGGCAUUGGGCACUAAUUCAUAUGAACCCUCUCACAAACACACAGUCACAAGUUACCCCAUAACUUUACAAUCCCACAUCAACCGUGUUCACUCCAGAGCAGAAACACAUUACAUGUACUAAUUGACCCCCACAGAUGUGCUAAAUGUAGCACACAUGUUUCAGUACAUGUAGUACACCAUUACACAACCAGAGCUCAGCUAAAUAGGAAUCCUUUGAUUCCCCCAACCCUCACUCCCUCCCCCCGCCAGCUGUGAGAGGUGGGCCAGCCUGCUCCCAGCUACCCCUUGCAUGGCCACCUCAUAGAAAGGCCUCAACCAUUUGCCUCCUGGAGAGGGGUGCUGCAUCUCCUCACGCAAACCAGCCCCCAGUCUCCCCUGUGAACUCUCCCACCCCGAACACCCCAGCAUGCAGGCAGCAGCAGGAGGACUUGGGGGGGGUUGAUCCAAGGGCCGAGCAGGUCGGGCCCAUUAAAAUAGCAGCGAUAAUGGUUACAGCAUUCACUUGAACUAGGGUGAAAAUUGAAAAAUUAGGAACAACAAGGGAAAUCACAUAAAGCAGAGCUACAGUAAAAUCUCCCAUCCAGCCACUGCUUUUACAAACUCACUUCCCCACUGCAAAUUCCAGCUGUAAGCAAACCGUUCCUCCCUGGCUCAUACACAGACCAGGCCCCAGCCGAGCUGAAGGCCACAGCAGUUCUGUUUCAAAAACUGACAAGUGGAAUGACUGAUUGUGGUCGAAACACAAAACACAAAACCCCUCAAAGCAUGUUGUGCUCUCUGAUAUGAGGUGACACAACAACACAAUAUGUCAGGAAGCUUGUCGGGUGUUUAUGAAGUGUAAACCUCAAAACUGAGCCUGAACCCAGAGGCAUCACGUGUUCUCUGCUCAAUAGAGAUAUUAUGACAGAAGGAAAAAGUGACUCAGUGUAGAGUGGCUAUAGCCCACAGCCAGCCACUGUAGUCAGUAUUACACUGGCAAACACAGAACUGAGCACUGUGUGGUCUGGACCUAGGGCCUCAUUAUGAUGUCAAACCUCCAGGGUGUUUACUGAUGGGAAAGCAAUAUGACCCUUCAUAUGCAUAGUAGGAAGAAGUUUCCCCUAGAUGUUAAGGUAUAUGGGGUUUGGGGGUUUUCUGAUCAUAGAUCUGUGCCUACAGGCAACUACCGGUAACCAGAUAGGGAAAGACAGGUAAGGAAUGAACUCCUUGUGGAUUAGUGUAGGGCCAUGUUUCAAUACUUUUGAAAUGUAUUCUAACUUCCUCCUUUCCUGCUUGCACAUGAUUGUGUUGAUCAAAGCAAUGUAAUUGAACCCUUACUUUCACCUAUCCGACCGUGUUACAUUAGUGACUACUUCAAUGAAAUAAAUAUGGUAAGGAUGAAUUUCUAAGGUAUUGAGUUGUCAAGGUGGUUGGGGCAGAUGUCACUCAGACAAGCCUCCACAUGGGUUACAGUUUCCUCCCUUGUGGCUGAUUUAGACACUUAGUAAACUUUUUACAAGCACAGAGGGCAUCGUGUCCCUGUUUGAAGUUCAAAGCCCUUUGGACCAUAUAGGUAGACUAGAAAGCACCAUGGCAGUCAGGUCACCUUAAACCACACACCAUUACACAUUCACACACAGCAUAUAAGGAGAACCUCCCUAAAAUAUCUUACAUAAACUGCUCACCAACAUCAUUCUGUUAUCUUUAAUCUAUGCUAGUGAUGAGUGAACACACAGCCAGGUCUAUACCAUAAUGCUAUGAUAUUCAACAAGCAUAUAGUGUUCUGUCCCACAGAGAACCAACAGAUAACCCCAGCAAUGGGGGCUCCGAUGCGGGUACAGCCGCUCCCUCUGACUGGGUGACCAGCCCCUCAGAUCUGGAUGAUAGCCUGGAUGGUCUGGAGGAGCUGGAGGAUGAGGAGCUGCCCCACAUGCUGCUGCCAGACAGCCUGAGCCAGCUAGAGGAGUUUGGGAGACACAAGCGCCCCCGGAAGGCCCACCGCGGCCAUGGCCGCCCACGCCUCUUCAGUGACCUGUGGGUCCGCAUCGGUGACGGGUGAGAGAAGAGGGGAACAAACACACACUGUCUCUAGCUCUUUAUUGAAACCAUUCAAUGACAACAAAAAAAUUGCAUAAAAUGAAGAGCAGCAGACAGUGCAACUGCACACUCAUAGAACACUCACACAGCGAGAGACAGGAACAAGCUCUGGCAGAAACUACCACAGUGUUCCUGUUAACCUGACUGAUCUUGUUCUCUCACCCUCCAGCAGCACAACUCCUCAGCCGACUGUGAGGAUAACCAAUGGCUACGUGACGGUGGAGCCUCUCCUCACCCACCAGGAGCAGAGGAGGAGGACAGGCCUCUACCCCCCAUUGGAGCCGCCCAGCCAGGCCUCACCCUCCGCGCUGCCCACCCCCAGCUCAGCCCAGUCCACCAUCGGCACCACCCACGCCCUCGCUUGCCUACUAAUGUUACUCACCUUGCACCUGCUGUUCACCUCCUGA